GUACCUGAAUCUAAAGCCGUUCUCCUCCCCAAAACCCACCGCGCCGGCAGUCUCUCCUUCCAUCGAAGCACGCCUCCCUUCCCUUCCUCCUAGCUUCAGCAGCCCCUCUUCCUCCUCCUCCCAGAUUCCUCUCCCUCCUCACCCCACCUCCUGCUCCGACCUACCCGAACUCCAAUCCGCCGCGCCCCGCCAACGCCUGACGCCCCCUCGCUGCCGUCCCUGCUACCCCCGCGCCGUCCGCAACCUCCGACACUGGUUUCCGAGUGUUCUAGAUCCGCGCCGCGCCCCGUAUCAUGUCUUCGGAGGAGCUGAGAGCAAGCCUGUCAGAUUUGGCGGUGGCUCCGACGGCCGGCGCAAUCGAUUCUUCUUCUUCUUCGGGUGAUCCGUCGGCCGAGGGGGGCGCGCAGGUCAGUUGCUUCACGGAGGACCUGCACGACGUCACGCUCCAUUUCCAGAUCAUAAGGUUGUCUAAACAGAUCUAUGCAUGGAUAGGAUGUAAUACAGCAAAGUUUGGCCAUUUAUAUGCUGCAGCAACUACUCGGCCGGGCAACGGAGUGAGUGUCACAUCUGUACUUGGAGGAACAUCUGAUAACACUGGAUCUAGCAUGGCCCGCCGCUUAGUGCUGAAGACAGGUCUAAAUAUAGUUCUAGCAUGCAACAUCCCAAAAGACAGCCCCAUGCUCGAGGCCGCUGCAGAGAGGAAGCUGGUGGAGAAACUGAGAAGUUUAGGCUAUAUCAGACCCAAAGCAGGAGAUGCUAGCACUUGCACAACGCACUGAUGGACACUUUUGAGCUCUCAUGUCACUGGUGCAGGGAGCCAUGAUGCCUUGUGAUCUGCUGGUGCUUGGUUUAAUUGAAUGGACACUACCGUUUUGCACAUGGUGAUAUCUGAAAUUUCGUCGGCAUGUUGACAGAAGUAUCAAAUGUGUCCUGAUGUGAUUACCUUAGUUGGGGGGUGUAGGCAUGAUGAUAUCUGAAAUUUUGUGGGCAUGUUGACACAAGUAUCAAAUGUGUCCUGAUGUGAUACCUGAAUGCAGACUGGUAUUUCAGUAUCUGACCCUGUGGAAUCCUGAGAAAGUGGGGUAUUUGCUCAUAGCAACGAUCAUGCUGAUCUUUGUUAAUUCUCAUCCAGUAUUGUGCUUAAAUACUAGUACUCCACUUCCUGUUGUUUGUUUCA